AUGGGGGCCCUGCUACAGCGGCAGACGGAGGUCCAAGUGGCCUACAUGGGGAGCUUUGAGGAAGGCGAGAAGCACCAGAGCGUAUCCCACGGAGAAGCUGCCGUCAUCAGAGCACCUCGCAUCUCCAGCUUCCCCCGACCACAGGUGACCUGGUUCCGUGAUGGCCGCAAGAUCCCACCCAGCAGCCGCAUUGCCAUCACGCUGGAGAACACCCUGGUCAUCCUGUCCACGGUGGCUCCCGACGCUGGCCGCUACUAUGUGCAGGCAGUUAACGACAAGAACGGAGACAACAAGACGAGCCAGCCCAUCACUCUUGCUGUGGAGAAUGUCGGGGGACCUGCUGACCCCAUCGCGCCGACCAUCAUCAUCCCACCCAAGAACACUAGUGUUGUGGCCGGAACCUCGGAGGUGACCAUGGAGUGUGUGGCAAAUGCCAGGCCUCUGAUCAAGCUGCACAUCGUCUGGAAGAAAGACGGGGCCCUGCUCUCCAAUGGUAUCAGUGAUUACAACCGCAGGCUCACUAUCACCAACCCCACCGUCAGCGACGCAGGCUUCUACGAGUGUGAGGCCGUGCUGCGCAGUAGCAGUGUGGCCCCGGUCACUCGGGGAGCCUACCUGUCAGUGCUGGAGCCACCUCAGUUUGUCAAAGAGCCCGAGAGACACAUCACAGCAGAGAUGGAGAAGGUGGUGGACAUCCCCUGUCGAGCCAAAGGGGUGCCACCUCCCUCUAUCACCUGGUACAAGGAUGCUGCAUUGGUGGAGGUGGAGAAGUUGGCCCGCUUCAAGCAGCGCAGCGAUGGCAGCCUGCAGAUCAGCGGCCUGCUGCCCGAUGACACCGGCAUGCUCCAGUGCUUUGCCCACAAUGCCGCUGGAGAGGCGCAGACCUCCACCUACCUGGCCGUCACCAGCAUUGCCCCUAAUAUCACCAGGGGCCCCCUUGACAGUACGGUGAUUGAUGGAAUGUCGGUGGUCCUGGCGUGUGAGACCUCGGGGGCACCGCGACCUGCUAUCACUUGGCAGAAAGGGGAACGCAUCUUAGCCAGCGGCUCCGUCCAGCUGCCUCGCUUCACCCUGCUAGAGUCUGGCAGCCUGCUCAUUAGCCCAACCCACAUCUCUGACGCUGGCACCUACACCUGUUUGGCCACCAACUCUCGGGGAGUCGACGAGGCCUCCGCAGACCUGGUCGUAUGGGCCCGGACCCGCAUCACCAAGCCCCCCCAGGACCAGAGUGUCAUCAAGGGCACCCAGGCCUCCAUGGUGUGUGGAGUGACCCACGAUCCUAGAGUGACUGUCAGGUACGUGUGGGAGAAGGAUGGGGCCACCCUAGCUGUGGAGACCAACCCCCGGAUCCGCCUGGACAGAAAUGGCUCCCUACACAUCUCGCAGACAUGGUCAGGGGACAUUGGCACAUACACCUGCCGGGUACUCUCAGCUGGCGGCAAUGACUCUCGAAAUGCCCACCUGCGUGUCAGGCAGCUUCCCCACGCCCCUGAGCACCCCGUGGCAACACUCAGCGCUGUGGAGAGGCGCGCCAUCAACCUGACCUGGGCCAAACCCUUCGAUGGCAACAGCCCCCUGAUGCGCUACAUCCUGGAGAUGUCGGAAAACAAUGCUCCGUGGACCAUUCUCCUUGCCAGUGUGGACCCAGAAGCUACCUCAGUGAUGGUCAAGGGACUGGUUCCCGCUCGUUCCUACCAGUUCCGCCUCUGUGCUGUCAAUGAUGUGGGCAAAGGACAGUUCAGCAAGGACACAGAAAGGGUUUCCCUCCCCGAAGAGCCCCCCACGGCCCCUCCACAGAAUGUUAUUGCCAGCGGCCGGACCAACCAGUCCAUCAUGAUCCAGUGGCAACCGCCUCCUGAGAGCCACCAGAAUGGGAUCCUCAAGGGUUACAUCAUCAGAUACUGUUUGGCUGGGCUACCUGUUGGGUACCAGUUUAAGAACAUCACGGAUGCUGACGUCAACAACCUGUUGCUGGAGGACCUCAUCAUCUGGACCAAUUAUGAGAUCGAGGUGGCCGCCUACAACAGCGCCGGGCUGGGCGUCUACAGCAGCAAAGUCACCGAGUGGACACUGCAGGGAGUUCCCACGGUGCCCCCAGGAAACGUGCAUGCAGAAGCCACCAAUUCCACGACCAUCCGCUUCACCUGGAAUGCCCCCAGUCCCCAGUUCAUUAAUGGUAUCAACCAGGGCUACAAGCUGAUUGCCUGGGAGCCAACCCAAGAAGAGGAGGUUACCAUGGUGACUGCCAGGCCCAACUUUCAAGACAGCAUCCACGUGGGCUUCGUGUCCGGUCUGAAAAAAUUCACAGAGUACUUCACCUCGGUGCUGUGCUUCACCACGCCUGGAGAUGGGCCCCGAAGCAGCCCCCAGCUGGUGCGCACCCAUGAGGAUGUGCCUGGGCCGGUGGGACACCUGAGCUUCAAUGACAUCCUGGACACCUCGCUGAAGGUCAGCUGGCAGGAGCCCGGGGAGAAGAACGGCAUACUGACAGGGUACCGGAUCUCCUGGGAAGAGUACAAUAGAACCAAUACCCGUGUGACCCACUACCUGCCCAACGUAACCCUAGAGUACAGAGUCACAGGCCUCACAGCACUCACCACCUACACAAUCGAGGUGGCCGCUAUGACCUCCAAGGGCCAGGGCCAGGUGUCAGCCUCCACCAUCUCAUCUGGUGUGCCUCCAGAGCUCCCGGGGGCACCCACCAACCUGGGCAUUUCCAACAUUGGUCCACGAUCCGUGACCUUGCAGUUCAGGCCUGGCUAUGAUGGGAAGACAUCCAUCUCCCGCUGGGUGGUGGAAGCUCAGGUGGGCGUGAUCGGGGAGGGAGAGGAAUGGUUGCUGAUCUACCAACUCAGCAACGAGCCUGAUGCACGCUCCAUGGAGGUACCGGACCUUAACCCCUUCACCUACUACAGCUUCCGCAUGCGCCAAGUGAAUAUUGUUGGCACCAGCCCACCCAGUCAACCUUCCAGGAAGAUCCAGACCCUCCAGGCGCCCCCAGACAUGGCCCCGGCCAAUGUGACUCUACGCACAGCCAGUGAGACCAGCUUGUGGCUCCGAUGGAUGCCCCUCCCAGAAAUGGAGUACAAUGGCAACCCUGAGUCGGUGGGCUACAAGAUCAAGUACAGCCGGUCCGACGGCCACGGCAAGACACUGAGCCACAUGGUACAAGACCGUGUGGAGCGGGAAUACACCAUUGAGGACCUGGAGGAGUGGACCGAGUACCGCGUCCAAGUCCAGGCCUUCAACGCCAUCGGGAGUGGGCCCUGGAGCCAGGCAGUGGUGGGAAGAACAAGGGAGUCAGUCCCAUCCUCUGGCCCCACCAACGUGUCAGCGCUGGCCACCACCUCUAGCAGCAUGCUGGUUCGCUGGAGCGAGAUCCCGGAGGCAGAUCGCAACGGUCUUGUGCUGGGCUACAAGGUGAGGUACAAGGAGAAGGACUCGGACUCCCAGCCCCGGUUCUGGCUGGUAGAAGGCAACUCGUCUCGCAGUGCCCAGCUCACAGGGCUGGGCAAGUAUGUGCUCUACGAGGUUCAGGUUCUGGCCUUCACACGCAUCGGUGACGGCAGCCCCAGCCACCCUCCCAUCCUGGAACGGACACUAGAUGACGUCCCAGGCCCACCCAUGGGCAUCCUGUUUCCGGAGGUGAGAACCACGUCCGUGCGGCUCAUCUGGCAGCCCCCCGCGGCCCCCAAUGGUAUCAUCCUGGCCUACCAGAUCACACACCGGCUCAAUGCCACUACAGCCAACACUGCCACGGUGGAGGUCCUGGCACCCAGCGCCCGCCAGUACAUGGCCACUGGCCUCAAGCCAGAGUCUGUCUACCUAUUCCGCAUCACAGCCCAGACCCGGAAAGGCUGGGGAGAGGCUGCUGAAGCUUUGGUGGUGACCACAGAGAAGAGAGACCGCCCGCAGCCCCCUAGCAAGCCCGUGGUGCAGCAGGAAGACGUGAAGGCUCGCAGUGUUCUGCUGUCCUGGGAGCCAGGCAGCGAUGGGCUCUCCCCAGUCCGCUACUACACCAUCCAGACACGUGAACUGCCCAGCGGCAGGUGGGCCCUGCACUCAGCGUCUGUGAGCCACAAUGCCUCUGCCUUCACUGUGGACAGACUCAAGCCCUUCACAUCCUACAAGUUCCGAGUGAAAGCAACCAACGACAUCGGGGACAGCGAGUUCAGUGAGGAGUCAGAGUCGCUGACCACCCUGCAGGCCGCCCCCGAUGAGGCACCCACCAUCCUGUCUGUGACACCGCACACCACUACCUCUGUGCUAAUCCGGUGGCAGCCUCCAGCUGAGGACAAGAUCAAUGGCAUCCUCCUGGGCUUUCGAAUCCGGUACCGGGAGCUGCUCUAUGAAGGGCUGAGGGGCUUCACUCUUCGAGGCAUCCACAACCCCGGGGCCAAAUGGGCUGAGCUCACCUAUCUGAGCAAGCACAAGCGUUAUGAGAUCCGGAUGAGCGUGUACAAUGCCGUGGGAGAGGGACCCUUGAGCCCACCACAAGAGGUCUUUGUCGGGGAGGCAGUGCCCACAGCAGCACCCCAGAACGUGGCGGUUCACAGUGCUACAGCCACACAGCUAGAUGUGACCUGGGAGCCACCCCCACUGGACAGCCAGAAUGGAGACAUCCAAGGAUACAAGAUUUAUUUCUGGGAAGUCCAGCGGAGGAACCUCACCGAGAGGGUGAAGACACUUUUCCUGGCUGAGAACAGUGUGAAACUCAAGAACCUGACAGGCUACACAGCCUACAUGGUCAGCGUAGCAGCCUUCAAUGCUGCGGGGGAUGGGCCACGGAGCACCCCCACCCGAGGCCAGACUCAGCAAGCAGCCCCCAGCGCCCCAGGCUCAGUCAAGUUCAGCGAGCUGACCACGACCUCAGUGAAUGUGUCCUGGGAAGCCCCCGAGUUCCCCAACGGUCCUCUGGAGGGCUAUAGGCUGGUGUAUGAGCCCUGCACCCCCGUGGAUGGGGUCAGCAAGAUUGUAACAGUGGACGUGAAGGGGAACAGCCCACUGUGGCUGAAGGUGAAGGACCUGGCCGAGGGCAUGACCUACCGUUUCCGCAUCAAAGCCAAGACCUUCACCUAUGGGCCUGAGAUAGAAGCCAACAUCACCACGGGGCCUGGAGAAGGUGCCCCAGGACCACCAGGAGUGCCAAUCAUCGUUCGGUACAGCUCAGCCAUUGCCAUCCACUGGUCCAGCGGAGACCCUGGCAAAGGACCCAUCACACGCUAUGUAAUAGAGGCCAGGCCGUCAGAUGAGGGGCUCUGGGACAUCCUCAUCAAGGACAUCCCCAAGGAGGUAACUUCUUACACCUUCAGCAUGGACAUCCUGAAGCCAGGCGUGAGCUACGACUUCCGGGUCAUCGCAGUCAAUGACUAUGGCUUUGGCACUCCCAGCAGCCCCUCUCAGUCUGUGCCAGCCCAGAAAGCCAGCCCCUUCUAUGAAGAAUGGUGGUUCUUGGUAGUCAUAGCUCUUGUGGGCCUCAUCUUCAUCCUGCUUCUGGUCUUCGUACUCAUCAUCCGAGGUCAGAGCAAGAAGUACUCCAAGAAGACAGACUCAGGAGGCAAUACCAAGUCAGGAGCCCUCGGCCAUGGGGAGAUGCUGAGCUUGGAUGAAAGCAGUUUUCCCGCUCUGGAGCUCAACAACCGGCGGCUGUCCGUAAAGAACUCUUUCUGCAGGAAGAAUGGCUUGUACACCAGGCCCAGUCCAGGCAGUUUACACUAUUCUGAUGAAGAUGUCACCAAGUAUAAUGACCUCAUCCCAGCCGAGAGCAGCAGCCUGACAGAGAAACCCUCGGAAAUCUCCGACUCCCAGGGUAGCGACAGCGAGUACGAAGUGGACACGAACCCCCAGAAAGCCCACUCCUUCGUCAACCAUUACAUCAGUGACCCCACCUAUUACAACUCGUGGCGGCGCCAACAGAAAGGCAUCUCUCGGGCCCAGGCCUACAGCUACACAGAGAGUGAUUCUGGUGAACCUGACCAUGUCACUGUCCCCAAUAGCAACAGCACCCAGCAGGGCAGCCUUUUCCGGCCCAAGGCCAGCCGGACUCCAACGCCCCAAAAUCCCCCAAACCCCCCAAGUCAGCAGAGCACCCUCUACCGUCCCCCCAGCAGCCUCGCCCCUGGUUCCCGGGCACCCAUAGCCGGGUUCUCAUCCUUCGUUUGACAUCAGAAGAGGAAAUAGGAUGAAAGAAACGACGCCAAAAUCCUCCUUUGCCACUUCUCAAAAUGCCUGCCAGAAAACACACAAGAAACCCCCACCAAGACAUCGGAUCAACUUUUCACCUCUCGAGUUUAUUUUUCCAGAGAUUCCGGGGCCAGCAAAGCCGGUGUGGAGGAGGCGGGGGGA